UCGGGCAAGGGGCCGGACCUCAAGCGCUACAUGGAGAAGCGGCUGCUCAUCAAGGCGCGCGCGCGCCGGAAGCUCGUGGGCACGCUCCGCGGCUACGACCAGUUCAUGAACCUCGUCGUCGAGGACGCCAUCGAGCAGGUCUCGCUGACCGAGAAAAACGAGAUCGGCACCGUCGUCAUCCGCGGC